GAGACGAGGGGCUAAUCGCAAAAUUCGUUGCUCUGGACGCCUAUAUAAAGGGAGGGAGAAGCAGCGGUGUGUCUCCGGCGAGCGAGCACGAGGCACUCACCGCCGGCGGCGACCGAAGCAAAUCCGGCAUUCGCCUGAGCCGGCGAGAUUCGGAGUCGGAGAGGAGGAGGAAGAAGAUGACGGUGGGAGCCGGGGUGGCGGUGCAGGACGGCGGCCUGGUGGCGCUGGGCGCCACGGUGCUGACGGAGGUGCGCGACAAUGUGCUCCUGACGCCGGCCGCCGGCGCCGGCAUGACGAGCGGCACGUUCGUCGGAGUCCGCUCCGCCACCGCCGGCAGCCGCAGCGUCUUCCCCGUCGGGAAGCUCAGGGGAUUGCGGUUCAUCUGCACGUUCCGGUUUAAGAUGUGGUGGAUGACGCAGAGGAUGGGGACGUCAGGCCGCGACAUCCCCUUCGAGACGCAGUUCCUCCUCGUCGAGGCCGCCGACGCCGACGGAUCACACCUCGCCGGCGACGGCGCCGCCGCGGUGUACACCGUGUUCCUCCCGAUCUUGGAGGGACCGUUCCGAGCUGUGCUUCAGGGGAACUCUGAUGAUGAGCUCGAGAUUUGCCUCGAGAGUGGUGACCCAGCUGUGGAAUCAUUCGAAGGCACGCAUCUGGUUUUCGUCGGUGCCGGAUCGGAUCCAUUCGAAGUCAUCACAAAUUCUGUCAAGGCUGUUGAGAGGCACUUGCAGACGUUUACUCACAGGGAAAAGAAGAAGAUGCCAGACAUGCUAAACUGGUUUGGUUGGUGCACAUGGGAUGCGUUUUAUACUGAUGUUACUUCAGAAGGAGUAAUGGAAGGAUUACAGAGUCUAGGAAAAGGUGGAACUGGCCCAAAAUUUGUGAUAAUUGAUGAUGGAUGGCAAUCAGUUAGUAUGGAUCCUGCAGGAAUUGCAUCAUUAGCUGAUAACUCAGCCAACUUUGCAAACAGGUUGACUCACAUAAAGGAGAACCACAAAUUUCAGCUAAACGGGAGGAAAGGUCACAGGGAAGAGAAUCCGGCAAAUGGCCUUGCACACAUUGUCAAUGAAAUUAAGGGCAAACAUCAGCUGAAGUAUGUUUAUGUGUGGCACGCGAUCACCGGAUACUGGGGUGGAGUAAGGCCUGGUGCUGAUGGAAUGGAGCACUACGAAUCGAAGAUGCAGUACCCGGUCUCAUCACCGGGAGUUCAGAAGAACGAGCCAUGUGAUGCUCUGAACAGCAUAACCACCAACGGCCUUGGCCUUGUGAACCCUGACAGAGUGUUCAGCUUCUACAACGAGCUACACGCCUACCUUGCAUCUGCUGGGAUCGAUGGAGUGAAAGUAGAUGUGCAGAACAUUCUUGAGACACUGGGUGCUGGCCAUGGUGGAAGAGUGCUUCUGGCAAGGAAGUAUCACCAGGCUCUAGAAGCUUCCAUCGCCCGGAACUUCCGCGACAACGGCAUCAUAUGCUGCAUGAGCCACAACACGGAUAACUUGUACAGUUCUAAGAGGAGUGCUGUUGUGAGAGCUUCUGAUGAUUUCUGGCCUAGAGACCCUGCUUCCCAUACUAUACAUAUUGCAUCUGUUGCAUAUAAUACUGUAUUUCUUGGAGAAUUCAUGCAACCAGAUUGGGACAUGUUCCAUAGUGUUCACCCAAUGGCUGAAUACCAUGCUGCAGCAAGAGCAGUCGGUGGCUGUGCCAUAUAUGUCAGUGACAAGCCUGGGAACCAUGACUUCAAUUUGCUGAAGAAGCUGGUUCUUCCUGACGGAUCGAUCCUGAGAGCCAAACUCCCCGGCAGGCCAACCAGAGACUGUCUGUUUUCAGACCCUGCAAGGGAUGGCAAGAGUAUCCUGAAGAUAUGGAAUCUGAACGAGCACUCCGGUGUGAUUGGCGCCUUCAAUUGCCAGGGUGCUGGAUGGUGCAGAGUAGGGAAGAAGAACCUCGUCCACGACGAGCAGCCGGCGACGGUCACCGGUGUCAUCCGUGCACAGGACGUGCAUCACCUCGCAACCGUUGCUGCCGAUGGCUGGAACGGCGACGUGAUCGUCUACUCGCACAUCGGAGGGGAGGUGACCUGCCUGCCCAAGAACGCGUCGUUGCCGGUGACACUGAAGACGCGAGAGUACGAGGUCUUCACCGUCGUACCACUGAAGAAGCUCGACAAUGGCGUCUCCUUCGCCGCGGUCGGGCUGAUCGGGAUGUUCAACUCCGGCGGGGCGGUGACGGCGGUGAGGUACGUGGAGGACGCCGGCGUUGAGGUCAGGGUGCGUGGCUCCGGCACGGUCGGGGCGUACUCCUCGGCGAAGCCGGCGAGGGUGGUGGUGGAUUCGGAGGCGGCGGAAUUCUCCUACGAUGAUGGAUGCGGCUUGGUCACGUUCGAGCUCGCCGUGCCGGAGCAAGAACUCUACUCCUGGACCAUCUCGAUCGAGUACUGACGUAGUGACGUUGCUUACCAUGAAGUUUCUCAAUGUUUUUCAUGAUGAAAAAUGGAGUGGAUGAGAUUUCUGAAAAUAUAUUCAGGUUCUUGCUGAAUCCCGGGUUGGGAAUUCAGCAUGGUGCUGAACAUUGUAAGCUAAGGUUGAGAUGUUCGCAACAUUCUUGCUGCAUAUGUUGCGGCUAAUUCGUGUUAUUCCGAGCAUACACAUACAGUAUGCAAAAA